UGAACUUCAUCAUCCAGGACGCGGAGAGCAUCACCUGCAUGGUGGAGCUGCUCGAGCACUGCGAUGUGACGUGCCAGGCGGAGAUCUGGAGCAUGUUCACGGCGAUCCUGCGCAAGAGCGUGCGCAACCUGCAGACCAGCACCGAGGUGGGCCUCAUCCAGCAGGUACUGCAGAAGAUGAGCUCCGUCGACGACAUGAUCGCAGACCUCUUGGUGGACAUGCUGGGAGUGCUGGCCAGUUACAGUAUCACAGUGAAAGAGCUGAAGCUGCUGUUUAGCAUGCUGAGGGGAGACAAUGGUGUAUGGCCGAGGCACGCCAUCAAGCUGCUGUCUGUCCUGAACCAGAUGCCUCAGAGACACGGCCCAGAUACCUUCUUCAACUUCCCCGGACGCAGUGCAGCGGCCAUCGCUUUGCCUCCCAUUGCUAAGUGGCCUUACCAGAGUGGUUUCACCUUCAACACAUGGUUCCGUAUGGACCCUCUCAACAAUAUCAACGUGGACAAGGACAAGCCCUACCUGUACUGCUUCCGAACCAGCAAAGGGAUCGGCUACUCGGCACAUUUCGUGGGGAACUGUUUGAUAGUGACGUCACUGAAGUCCAAAGGCAAAGGAUUCCAGCACUGCGUGAAGUACGACUUCCAGCCCAGGAAGUGGUACAUGAUCAGCAUCGUGCACAUCUACAACCGCUGGAGGAACAGCGAGAUCCGUUGCUAUGUGAACGGGCAGUUGGUGUCCUACGGCGACAUGGCCUGGCACGUCAACACCAAUGAUAGUUAUGAUAAAUGUUUCCUGGGCUCGUCGGAGACGGCUGAUGCCAACCGGGUGUUCUGCGGUCAGCUUGGAGCUGUUUAUGUCUUUAGCGAAGCGCUCAACCCGGCGCAGAUCUUCGCCAUCCAUCAGCUGGGACCCGGGUACAAGAGCACCUUUAAGUUUAAGUCAGAGAGUGAUAUCCACCUCGCUGAGCAUCAUAAGCAGGUGUUGUAUGAUGGGAAGUUGGCCAGCAGCAUUGCGUUCACCUAUAACGCGAAGGCCACAGAUGCCCAGCUCUGCCUGGAGUCUUCCCCCAGAGAGAACCCCUCCAUCUUUGUCCACUCACCACACGCCCUCAUGCUGCAGGACGUGAAGGCCAUCGUCACUCACUCCAUCCACAGUGCCAUCCACUCCAUCGGGGGCAUCCAGGUCCUGUUCCCACUCUUCUCCCAGCUGGACUACCGGCAGCCCAACGACAGUCCAGUGGAGACCACCGUGUGUGCCACUCUCCUGGCGUUUCUGGUGGAGCUGCUGAAGAGUUCCGUCGCCAUGCAGGAGCAGAUGCUGGGAGGAAAGGGCUUUCUGGUUAUUGGCUACCUCCUGGAGAAGUCGUCCCGUGUACACAUCACCAGGGCGGUUCUGGAGCAGUUCCUGUCCUUCGCCAAGUAUCUGGACGGGCUCACGCAUGGGGCUCCCCUCCUAAAGCAGCUGUGUGACCACGUCCUGUUCAACGCAGCCAUCUGGAUCCACACUCCCGCCAAGGUUCAGCUCUCUCUGUACACCUACUUGUCGGCAGAGUUCAUCGGCACGGCCACCAUCUACACCACCAUCCGCAGGGUGGGCACUGUGCUGCAGCUCAUGCACACACUCAAAUACUACUACUGGGCCAGCAACCCACUGGAGAGCAGCGGCAUCACGCCCAAAGGCCUCGAUGGUCCGCGCCCCACGCAGAAGGAGAUCAUCUCCCUUCGCGCCUUCAUGCUCCUCUUCCUCAAACAGCUUAUUCUCAAGGACCGAGGUGUGAAAGAGGAUGAACUGCAGAGCAUUUUGAACUACCUGUUGACCAUGCAUGAGGAUGAGAACAUCCAUGACGUUCUUCAGCUUCUGGUGGCUCUCAUGUCCGAGCACCCGGCCUCCAUGAUCCCGGCCUUCGACCAGAGGAAUGGAAUACGGGUCAUCUACAAGCUCCUGGCCUCAAAGAGUGAGAGCAUUCGAGUGCAGGCGCUCAAAGUCCUCGGCUACUUCCUGAAACAUCUAGGACACAAGAGGAAAGUGGAGAUCAUGCACACACACAGCCUCUUCACGUUGCUGGGCGAGAGAUUAAUGAUGCACACCAACACUGUGACAGUCACUACCUACAACACGCUUUAUGAGAUUCUCACGGAGCAGGUGUGCACUCAGGUGGUCCACAAGCCCCACCCAGAGCCAGACUCCACCGUCAAGAUCCAGAACCCCAUGAUUCUGAAGGUGGUUGCCACGCUGUUAAAGAAUUCCACUCCGAGCGCUGAGCUGAUGGAGGUGCGCCGCCUCUUCCUGUCUGACAUGAUCAAGCUCUUCAGCAACAGCAGAGAGAACAGACGGUGUCUGCUGCAGUGUUCGGUGUGGCAGGACUGGAUGUUCUCUCUGGGCUACAUCAACCCUAAGAACCCAGAGGAGCAGAAGAUCACUGAGAUGGUCUACAACAUCUUCCGCAUCCUGCUGUACCACGCCAUCAAGUACGAGUGGGGUGGAUGGCGCGUGUGGGUGGACACCCUCAGCAUCGCCCACUCCAAGGUGACGUACGAGGCGCACAAGGAGUACCUGGCCAAGAUGUACGAGGAGUACCAACGGCAAGAAGAGGAGAACAUCAAGAAAGGAAAGAAGGGUUCGGUCAGCACCAUCUCAGGCUUGUCUGCACAGCCGGCCGCCGUCAACGGCAACCUGGAGAUCCGCGAGAUGGACGACACAUCGCAGACGCAAACGCCCGAGAGUGAGGCCGACUAUGGCGAGGGCGGAGACUCGCGAAACCUGCUGGCUGAGGCCAAAGGCCCCGAGACAGAACCAGAAAGGACAGGGCCUGGGGUCAGGGUGGAGGUCCAUGACCUGCUGGUGGACAUUAAGGCCGAAAAGGUGGAGGCCACUGAGGUGAAGCUGGAUGACCUGGACCUGUCCCCGGAGGCGCUGGGUGGCGGAGGGGGCAUAGAAAACGGCCCUCUGGUAGAGGUGGACUCCCUGCUGGACAGCGCCUACUGCGCGGCUGUACGCAAGCUCAACGGUGGCCUGGGGCCCAAGGAGGAAGAGGAAGUGGGCGUGGUGGGUCUGGGGGAAGAAGACAGCAACCUGGGCCCCCUGAUCACGCUGGCCGACGAAAAGGACAGCGUGCCCAGCAACAACGGCUUCCUCAGCUUCCCCAAAGCUGACGAGAAGCUCCUGCCCUCGCUGGCCCCGGCAGAACCGCUUGCGCUGACCGGCCGAGACAAGCCGCCCUGCGCCUCCAGCGCCAGCGAUGACCUCAGCCUGCUGGCUCACAUGACGUCCUGUGGCGCCGACCUUGGCCCCAGCAAUGGGGGGGCACUGCCAGCAGACGAGGGCUUCAAGCUGCAGGACACGCUGGCCGACAUCAGCACGCUGGCCGAGGCCGAGGCCCAGGCUGCAGUGGGGGGUGCUGAGGGAUCUGAGAGUGGUGCAGGAGACGCUGCAGCGUCCAAGAGCGGAGACGCCGUCAGCACCAUGUCCGACACAGAGAGGUCUGACGAUGGCAAGGACAAAGAGAUGAAGAAGAUCCAAACGACGGCCACCACACAGGCUCUACAUGGGCGCUCAGGCAGUCAGAUGGAGCGGGACCUGCGGGUGGAUCUGGGCUUUAGAGGGAUGCCCAUGACUGAGGAGCAGCGGCGGCAGUUCAGUCCUGGCCCGCGGACCACUAUGUUCCGCAUCCCAGAGUUCAAGUGGUCACCCAUGCACCAGCGCUUGCUCACAGACCUGCUCUUCGCCCUGGAGACAGACGUACAUGUGUGGAGAAGCCACUCGACUAAAUCGGUCAUGGACUUUGUGAACAGUAAUGAGAACAUUAUAUUUGUGCACAACACCAUCCACCUCAUUUCUCAGAUGGUUGAUAACAUCAUCAUCGCCUGUGGAGGGAUCCUGCCCCUGCUCUCUGCUGCCACCUCGCCUUCUAGCUCUAAGGUUAGUGCAAACCCUACGGAGCUGGAGAAUGUGGAGGCGACGCAGGGCAUGUCUUCAGAGACGGCCGUGACGUUUCUCAGCAGGCUGAUGGCCAUGGUGGACGUGCUGGUGUUCGCCAGCUCCCUCAACUUCAGCGAGAUCGAGGCUGAGAAGAACAUGUCCUCCGGAGGGCUGAUGCGGCAGUGUCUGCGGCUGGUGUGUUGUGUUGCUGUGCGGAACUGUCUGGAGUGCAGGCAGAGACAGAGAGAUCGAGGCAGCAAGUCUUCACUGCCUAUCAGCAAGACUCAAGAGAACCUUCAGAGCGCAGCAUCCGCCAGCAAGAGUGCCAUAGCCAAUGUCCCCCGUAACCUCUCUCCCAUCAAGGACCCUGACAGGCUGCUGCAGGACGUCGACAUCAACCGUCUGCGAGCCGUCGUCUUCAGAGAUGUGGAUGACAGUAAGCAAGCCCAGUUCCUGGCCCUGGCUGUAGUCUACUUCAUUUCUGUCCUCAUGGUGUCUAAAUACCGGGACAUCCUGGAGCCACAGCGUGAGAUUGGCAGGUCCAGCAGCCUAUCAGGAAGGAGCAUCCGACAAGAGAUUAAUUCCCCCACCAGCACAGAAAACCCGUCCUCCUUCUCGGACGGCAGCCGUGCUGAGCGGCCCCUGGAGGAGCUCCCCCUUGAGGGCUCUCUGCCCCACACAGAUUCGGGCAUCGGGGACGAGCAGGUGGGCAGCACCCUCAACGGUUCAGAACUGGGGGGCGAAGCCUCAGGGGGCUCUACGGGUUCUGGCGGGGGUCCGGAUGCCAUGAGUGAGCUGCUCUGCACCCUCUCCUCGGAAGUGCGUAAGUCCCGCGAGUCCCUCUUGGAAUCGCCGCCCGGUGUGGACGUCCACCUCAAGCCGGCCGCGUCUAUCUCCAGUAUCAGCCAAGCCAACAAGGGCAUCAACGUGAAGGAGAUCCUGAAGAGCCUGGUGGCGGCGCCGGUGGAGGGUGCGGAGGCGGGGCCUGAGCCUCAGCCAUACCACCCUGACCCCGCCCUGAAGAGGGAGGCAGCCGCCAUGCUGCCCAUGCAGUUUCACUCGUUCGACAGGAGCGUGGUUGUACCAGUGAAGAAGCCUCCUCCGGGCAGUCUUGCUGUGAAUACUGUUGGCACUCCCACCACCAGCACUGUUCCCUCCUCUGGCAGCACACCUAACAUCUUCGCCGCUGCCACUGCAACACCUAAGAGCAUGAUUAACACGACAGGUGCCACAGACUCCGCCUCUUCCUCCUCUUCUUCCUCCAGCUUUGUGAACGGAGCUACCAGUAAAAACCUGCCUGCUGUGCAGACUGUUGCCCCAAUGCCUGAGGACACGGUGGAGAACAUGAGCAUAACCACUAAGUUGGAGCGGGCACUGGAGAAGGUGGCCCCCUUGUUGAGAGAGAUUUUUGUGGACUUUGCGCCGUUCCUGUCCAGGACGCUGCUGGGUAGCCACGGGCAAGAGUUGCUGAUUGAAGGUUUGGUGUGUAUGAAGUCCAGCACAUCAGUAGUGGAGCUGGUGAUGCUGCUGUGUUCACAGGAGUGGCAGAACUCCAUUCAGAAGAAUGCAGGACUUGCCUUCAUUGAGCUCAUUAACGAGGGCAGGCUUUUGUGCCACGCCAUGAAGGACCACAUUGUUCGAGUAGCCAACGAGGCGGAGUUCAUCCUGAACAGACAGAGAGCCGAGGACGUCCACAAACAUGCCGAGUUCGAGUCGAACUGCGCUCAGUAUGCUGCGGAUCGGAGAGAGGAAGAAAAGAUGUGCGAUCACCUGAUCAGUGCUGCCAAGCACAGAGACCAUGUGACCGCCAACCAGCUGAAACAGAAGAUCCUCAACAUCCUGACCAAUAAACAUGGAGCGUGGGGCACCAUGUCACAGAGCCAGCUGCAUGAUUUCUGGCGCUUGGACUACUGGGAGGACGACCUGCGCAGGAGGCGGAGAUUUGUACGCAAUGCUUUUGGCUCCACCCACUCAGAUGUGUCACUCAAGUCUCUGGAGGAUUAUGCUCCUGAGGAAGAGGAGAACAAGAAGUCGAAGAAGACGUUCCGGAGCCAGUCAGUGGUCAGUCAGAACCCAGAGACAGAGCUGAUGCUGGAGGGAGAUGAUGAUGCGGUCAGUCUGCUGCAGGAGAAGGAGCUCGACAAUCUUGCAGGUCCCGUAGUUCUGAGCACACCGGCCCAGCUGGUGGCGCCUGUGAUCGUCGCCAGGGGAACGCUCUCCAUCACCACCACUGAGAUUUAUUUUGAGGUGGAUGAAGAUGAUCCUGCGUUCAAGAAGAUCGACGCCAAAGUGUUGGCGUACUCUGAGGGUCUUCAUGGGAAGUGGAUGUUCAGUGAGAUCAGAGCCGUGUUCGCCAGACGUUACCUGCUGCAAAACACUGGCCUAGAGGUCUUCAUGGCCAACAGAACAUCAGUCAUGUUCAACUUCCCGGAUCAGGCUACAGUCAAAAAGGUGGUGUACAGUUUACCCCGAGUUGGGGUCGGCACCAGCUAUGGCCUCCCGCAAGCAAGGCGGAUCUCUCUGGCCACUCCCCGGCAGCUCUUUAAGUCCUCCAACAUGACCCAGCGCUGGCAGAGGCGAGAGAUCUCCAACUUUGAGUACCUCAUGUUCCUCAACACCAUUGCAGGGAGAACGUAUAAUGAUCUGAACCAGUACCCGGUCUUCCCCUGGGUCCUCACCAACUACGAGUCUGAGGAGCUGGACCUCACUUUGCCCGGCAACUUCAGGGACCUGUCAAAGCCAAUCGGAGCCCUGAAUCCGAAGCGUGCAGCCUUUUAUGCAGAGCAUUAUGAGACGUGGGAGGAGGACGGAACCCCCCCACAUCACUACACCUCCCUCUACUCCACCGCUGCCUCCACUCUACUCUGGCUGCACAGAAUAGAGCCCUUCACUACGUUUUACCUGAACGGGAACGACAAAAAGUUUGACCAUCCGGACAGAACGUUCUCCGGCAUCAUGCGCUCCUGGAGGAGCUGCCAAAGGGACACAUCCGACGUCAAGGAGUUGAUCCCUGAGUUCUACUACCUCCCUGAGAUGUUUGUGAACAGUAAUGGUUAUGAUUUGGGUGCGAGGGAGGACCGCACACCUGUAUGUGAUGUGGAGCUGCCAGUCUGGGCCAAAAAACCAGAGGACUUUGUUCGCAUCAACAGAAUGGCGCUGGAGAGCGAGUUCGUAUCGUGCCAGCUGCACCAGUGGAUCGACCUGAUCUUCGGCUACAAGCAGCGAGGGCCGGAAGCAGUGAGAGCGCUCAACGUGUUCCACUACAUGUCCUACGAAGGCUCCAUCAACCUGGACACCAUCACGGACCUGCAGCUCAGAGAGUCCAUGGAGGCUCAGAUCCAGACUUUCGGCCAGGUUCCCUCUCAGCUGCUGAUCGAGCCGCAUCCUCCACGCAGCUCCGCCAUGCAUCUGUGUUUCCUUCCUCAGAGUCCGCUCAUGUUUAAGGAUCAGAUGCAGCAGGAUGUGAUCAUGGUGCUGAAGUUUCCCUCCAACUCUCCGGUGACGCACGUGGCCGCAAACACGCUGCCUCACCUGAGCGUUCCCGCUGCUGUCACGGUCACCUGCAGCCGCCUGUUCGCCGUCAACCGCUGGCACAACACUGUCGGUCUCAGGGGAGCCCCAGGAUACUCCCUGGAGCAGGCUCAUCACCUACCCAUUGAGAUGGAUCCUCUGAUAGCUAAUAACUCUGGAGUGAAUAAAAGGCAGAUCACGGAUCUGGUGGACCAGAGCAUUCAGAUCAACACACACUGUUUUGUGGUCACUGCUGACAAUCGCUAUAUUCUGGCCUGUGGCUUCUGGGACAAGAGUUUUCGGGUGUAUUCCACAGAAACAGGUAAACUGACUCAGAUUGUGUUUGGCCACUGGGACGUAGUGACGUGUCUGGCUCGCUCAGAGUCCUACAUUGGUGGAGACUGCUACAUCGUCUCGGGCUCUCGAGAUGCUACGCUGCUGCUGUGGUACUGGAGCGGGCGGCACCACAUCAUUGGAGACAAUCCUAACAACAGUGAUUAUCCAGCACCCCGGGCAGUUCUGACCGGUCACGACCAUGAGGUGGUGUGUGUGUCUGUGUGCGCUGAGCUGGGACUCGUCAUCAGUGGAGCUAAAGAGGGUCCAUGUUUGGUGCACACCAUCACGGGGGACCUGCUGAGGGCUCUGGAGGGGCCGGAGAACUGCGUGCGACCGCGGCUCAUCUCAGUGUCCAGUGAGGGUCACUGCAUCAUCUACUAUGAGAGGGGGCGCUUCUGCAACUUUAGCAUCAACGGCAAACUGCUGGCUCAGAUGGAAGUCAACGACUCCACCCGAGCUAUCCUGCUGAGCAGCGAUGGGCAGAACCUGGUGACAGGAGGCGAUAACGGCGUGGUGGAGGUGUGGCAAGCCUGCGACUUCAAACAGCUCUACAUCUACCCAGGCUGUGACGCAGGCAUCAGAGCCAUGGACCUGUCUCAUGACCAGAGAACUCUAAUCACUGGAAUGGCAUCGGGGAGCAUCGUGGCAUUCAACAUCGAUUUCAACCGCUGGCACUACGAGCACCAGAACAGAUACUAAGAGAGGACCAGAGAUACAAGAGAGUGAGGGAUGAGAAGGCCUAGUCGGCAGCCUGCUGGCCACAUUUCAGCUGGGAGAUUUCCUACCGAUCGGUGCUCUGCUAGUCCAUCGAGAGGUUUGCGGAAACGCAGAGCGUGUCGAAGUUCUGGAAUAGAACCGAGCGUCAGACCGAGCGAAAAGAUGAAACAUAAGAACUUAUCUCUGUCGUAACCUAGAUCCUUAGGAUUGUUUCUUUCCCCCUCCCACAUAUGAUGAUAGGUCGCCUGAAGUCCUCUUGUUUGCAAACUGUGAACACAACGUAAACAUGACCACAGAAUCCACGAGCACCACCAUAGACUGAAGAGAGCGAGUCUCAUACCGCAGUUACUCCUUUCAGACGAACCGCCAAACAGUACAAAACAAAGAAUGCUUUUACUAUCGUUUUAGUUCGUGGGGUAGGGGGCCUGGGCUCAACGUAGUCUUUGUAUAUAUGAAAUUUGUCCUCACUGCAGCCAGGCAGGUCCUCACUAUGAGGGAGAGCUUACGUUCCCGUAUUCCCCACCGCCCGUAUGGAUGGUCCCAUCACCUUUAACUUAAUGACCUGCUGUAUGUACUAUAAUGUGUAUUAUCAAUGACAUGACGACGCAUACGACGACGACGGCGAUGCGAGAUGAGAGCAGCCAGCAAACGUGGAGGUAACAUCCCAUCAGAAAACGAGCGGCGUUUUCCUCUUUGUAUAUUUGGUAACCGUUUUGUCAUAUAUGUACAUAAUGUGACGGCUAGGACAGACAGGCAUGUACGAGGGACUUCAAAGAGUAAAGAACUAAAAAGAAAAAAAAAAAGAAGAAAGAAAAGAAAAAGUAACCCUCUCUCACUCACACAUAUUUGCUGAUUAUUUAUGAUUAUGAAAAAAAAAUAAUGUUGAAGUCUUUUGUAAUGGCACUUUGCACCAAUAACAUGCCGUAAUUUAUUAGUGUAUCGAUUUUAUUUUUCGAUCGACAGACACAUUUAGGCCCAUUUCCCCGCCCCCCAUUGUAUGAGUUGUGCAUCAAUGUUUCUUGUAUUUGAUCAAUAUUAAAAUCAUGUGUGAUGAUUAUGUUGUACAACCACAACCACAGUAAGCAAUAUCAUAACUUUGUAGCCGGGAGAGAAAUAUAAAUCAUAUAGCUUUUUGAGGAGGGGAAGCUUGGUUUAUACGAGUAUUAAGCUGUUUAGAGUACAUUAUACACUUAAAUAUGAAGCGGUUUCUUUUUUUCCUCCCCCUCAUCCUCCUAAAAUAAUAAAAAAAAAAUAUUUUUGAAUCUACAGUAUGAUACUACAAUCCAAUGUAUCCUUGUUUUCUUGCAAAGAUGUAAAUGACGAGUCACAGUUAAGAAAAAAAAGUGAAUAAUAAAUUAUGCAAAGAAUUUGUUGAUUUUUGCCUGGUCAUUGGCCAUGGAUGUGCAUAUUUGACUGAGACAGAGGUGCAAUCUGUCUGUGAUUAGGUGAGUGGUUAGUACUGUACAUUUGAUUUAAUUUGUACAUUUGCAAAAUAUUUUUGUUCUUUCAUUUUGCGUGGUGGAUUUGAUCAUUUGCAUAUGUUUAAUUUAUUCCUUUGUGUAUUGUUUGUAGAGAGGAGAGGUACAGUUAUUGGUGAAAAAGUCAAAGAAGGACAUUAUAUUUAGAGUAAAAAAUCUUAACCGAUGAACUUGGGCCCCCAUCUGCUGUUUCAUGCAUUUGCUGCAACUUGAAUAAGCCAGAAAACUCACAGGAGGUGUCUCUUCAAAUGUUUAAAUAUUAAUUCAUGCCAAUAUAUAAAGAUCAAUAACUGUAAAAUAAAAUUGUUUCCUUUUUGUCGUAUUUACAAUAAAACCAACCAAAACAUC